GUGUGCGCCAGGGCUCUCCGGGCGGCAAUGGGGGCUUGAGAGCCGGGUCCCCGCGCCCAGACCCAAACGUGGUGGCUGCUAACGCCACCGCCUCGGAGUCCGGCGCCGAAGCUGCGGGCGGGCACCAGCGCCGGCCGGGGCUGCUCGGCGCUGCACGGUGCGGUGCGGCGGCGGCGGCGGCGGCGGCGGCGCGGCGCGGCUGUGCAGGCUUUUCCCAAGCGCCUUGGGGUCGGGUGCCUGUGCGGCCGCGGGACUCUGAAGCGAGCGGCGGCGGUGGCCAGCUUGCCAAGGGACGGGGGGCGGGUGGGUUCGGCCGCUUCGUCCGAUCCUCAGCCCCAGCGAGCUCUCCCUGUCUCCCGGGCAGGCAGCUUCGCGGAGACCAACAGCUCCAGCUGGAGGCAUCAACUCCCACCAGUUUAUCUGACUUCUGCCCAGACUCUGAAAUGCCAACUAUGUCAAGGCCUGCACUUGACGUCAAGGGGGGUAGUGGUAGCACCUCUGUGAAGGAGGAUGCCAACCAGGAGAUGAAUUCUCUGGCCUACUCUAACCUCGGGGUGAAAGACCACAAAGCAGUGGCCAUCCUGCACUACCCCGGGGUCACCUCAAAUGGAGCCAAAGCCAAUGGGGCUCCCACCAGCUCCUCUGGAUCAGCAUCUCCAAUGGGCUCUCCUACUGCCACCCCUUCUACCAAACCCCCACCCUUCAACCUGCACCCUGCCCCUCACCUGAUGGCCAGCAUGCAGCUGCAGAAGCUUAACAACCAGUACCAUGGGGCCGCAGCGGCUGCUGCUGCCACUCCAGGCCAACCAGGGGAGGCGGGCCCCGUGCAAAACUGGGGCCUUGGGGCCCAGGUCCAGGCCCAGGCCCAGGCGCAGGCGCAGGCGCAGGCCCAGGCGCAGGCCCAGGCCCAGGCCCAGGCCCAGGCGGGAGGGCCAGGGUCAAUCACUCCUCCUGCUGGUGCCCAGAGCCCUGCUAUCAUUGAUUCUGACCCAGUGGAUGAGGAGGUGCUGAUGUCUCUGGUGGUAGAACUCGGGCUAGACCGAGCCAAUGAGCUUCCCGAGCUGUGGCUGGGGCAGAAUGAGUUUGAUUUCACUGCAGAUUUUCCCUCUGGCUGCUGAUGCCAAGUGUCCCUAAAAAUUGAGGAACAAAGCCACCAAUUCUGUUGUAAAUAAAAGUAACUUGCAAAGAGA